AUGGGCAGCUCGACUGCAACCCCCGGCCAGGGGUAUGAGCAGACUCAGACUCCUCCUCUCUCACCGAGCUUAAGCUUGGCCCUGGAUUCCCCAUCAACACCUCGUGCGACCCCGACGCCUCGUCCCAAUCCUCGCCUCUCCGUCGACCGAAGAGACGCCCUGCUCAAUGUGGGACCAGCUUCUCCUCCGAAACAUCAAUCUCCUCUCCGUCAAUCUACUAGCAUCUCCUAUCAAGACAACAACGCUGGACGUCCCGACUUGCCGCCGUUUCUGAAGCCGAGGCACAAUACCAAGCUUCCCAGAGGCCAUUCGAGGUCGAGAUCAGAAUUCGCAACCACCACUACUAGCAACAUUCCUUUAGCAGUUGGGCAAAGCCCCGAAACGUCGUCAACAGUACCCUCAACGCCCUCUUCGCAUUCUCAAGUCCCCAAUUCGUCUCUUGCGACGCGUCGCACUUCAUUUGGAGAAGUCGGUCAGGAUAGACGCGCGUCGAACCAAAACGACUACAACAGGCCCAAUACCGCCUCUUCGCCCGCCCGUAACUCUGCCCUCUCCUUUAUCACUUCUAGGAUGCCGGCUAUGAAGGUUCUCGCCCCUGCGCCCACCGUGGUGGCGCACAACGACGAGCUCCUCAACCUCAACAUCGAAACGUCUCUCUUUCCCAAGGGCAGCCCCCCCGAUGGACAGGCUUUCUCGCCAUCAGCUUUUAUGAACCUGCAACAGACGGCGACCGGCCUGCUGAAGAAAUUCCAAACCGCCUACCACCGCCAGAGUAUGACGAUCCAGGAGCUGAUGGCUGAAAAGGAGGCGAUGGAUGACGAAAAGGCCGAAGCCGACACCAGAACACGGCAUCUCAAGAUGCAACUGGAGGGCAUGGCUCAGAAGCUGGCCGACACUGAGAAUGUGAUGCAGGCGCUGAUGGAAGAGCUGAACAAGGAGAAGAGACUGAGGAUGGAAGAGCGUGCAAACGCCAGAGACAAGUUCCUGACGCCAUCUGAAGGAUCGAUAUCAGAAGACCUAUGCGUCGAAGACGAUCAACGCAAACGAGGAUGGAGGCGCAGCGGUGAGACCUCCAAGACCGAUUUUAGUUUCGAGACGGAUGAGGAUAGCGUCGAAGCUGCCAGCAUCUUCUCUCGACCUCGCAGCCCUACCAACACGGCGCUAAGCAUCAUAUCCGAUGUAGACAGUCCUGCGGCGCCCAUCCCGCUCUCAAGGACAUCGACCUUUGGAGGAUCCGCAGCCCCUCGGCCACUCCGGAACUCUCAGCCGCCGCAAAUGUCCACGUUCCAGAAGCUGUUCAAGGGCAUCUCUGGCGACCCCAACAAGGACAUCAACGGGUGCCGCAAUUGCCAGGGCCAAGAUGCCAGCAUCGCCUGGGACACAGUGGGCCUCCUGAAAGCCGAGAACAAGACCCUCAAGGAGAGGGUCGGCGACCUGGAGGCCGCCGUCGAAGAAGUCCUGGACGUUGUCAACGGCGUCGGGCAAUAA